CGUCUCUACUCUGGACUUGUGCGGGUUCCAACAAAGAGAAAGCCUCGAGCACUUGCGGGCGGGGGACGCCGCCCGGCGAGCAGCCCGUAACUUUUGCUCCUUUUGUUUUUAUUGUUCAUUUCUGAUGGUACGAUACUUCAUUAAUCCGUGAACUCGGACGCUUGGAUUAAAAAAAUUAGAGAAUCAUCAAGGCCAGUGGUACCGUUUUUGCCCAAGAUGUUGGAGCGCCGAAACAGCUGACAAGUAAUGUUGACUUGCGUCCGAACUAUCCUGGUUUGGAUGACGUGCUCGGCCGGACAAGAUCCCUCGGGGCCUGGCCUCUGAUCGGAAGCGUAUCAUCAGAGAAGACGACCCCACCCGCCACCCACCAUGUCUGCCCAGGAAGCAGCUCAGCCACCUGCCCAGUUAGCUGAGGUCAAACCCAAGCCGGACAUCCCCCCGAAACCGAUGGAGAGAGCAUCCUCCCUGCCGUUGGAAGAGGACGACAGGCCCGCCAGCCCCUCGGGCGUGAACGUCAAGAGGAUCGUGAACAAGUUCAGCAAACACCGGGUUGUGCCGGCCAAAGCGACACAAAGGCAGAUGAAAAGGCAGCCGGUGAUCAAACCCAAGCCCAGUACUGGCAGGAGCACUCCACUCCAUCCGCCUCCGCUGCCCAAGAAGAGGACUCGCCUCCCGCAGGGGAAGAGCACGGAAUCAGAGGACGGCGACGGCAUCUGCGCCGAAGGAGGUCGCUCAGACCCCGAUGGGAGAGAGGUGGACGCCCAGUCGGUUGUUGGAAAAGCAGAGGACGAGGAGGUUCCGGACGGGGCUGCCGGCUCCGGCUGCGAGCCGAGCUGCUCCUGCGCGUGCCACCUCCAGAGGCCCGGCAUGAAGCUGGUGUGGGUGCCGCUGCAAGACGAGGACGGCAGCGAGGGCGGCGACGUCUUGGGGGAGGAAGGCUCCGACUUGGCCUGGUCGGACGGCCAUGCGGAGGGAGAAGAGGAGGCGGACGAGGGCGGCAGCAAGACCGACGACGAGGAGCUGGCGCGUUACACUGCGGAUGAGAGUGAGGAGACCAAGCCGGAAAGGGCCAAGUCCCAAAACUUGUUGCUUAUCAUAACGGACGAGACUCCCAGAAGACUCUCGGAUCCGGGACCUCCGGUUCCCGCGGCGCUUCCUCAGCUCCCCGCGCUCGCCCCCAAACACAACACGUUGCUGGCCGUCAGGCACACAUCCGCCGUGGAAGAAGAGGGCAUUUAUGAGUCCAUCAUCCCCACGGUGGAUCCCAGCCAUAAUAAGAAAGCCGCUCAGGAGCUGGACGUUCUUCACUUGAAGGCGCCCACGCCGGCUCGCAGGUUGAAGCCCCCGGAGAUCCAGCGCGACGGCGGUUCGGCGCCGGCGGGCGACGACGCGCCGCCCGCCCUCCCGCCCCGCGUGCCCAUGACUCAGGACGCUCGCAGCCUGGCGGAGGAGCGGACAUCGCAAGCCAUUCCCCCCCGGCCCCCGGCCAGCCCCCACCUGCCUCCGAGACCCCCGCCGCUACUGCCCAAGGCGGAUUUGGCCAGGGACGCCAAUAACGCAGCCGCACAGAGAAACGAAGGAGAGAACGGCGAAGGAGGCAAGGAGGAUUUGGCGGAAGAAGCGUCUGCGACCAAGACAGAACUUUCCAACAGCUGGAAGUCCCGCCUGCAAAAUGAGCCUCUGUACCAGACGUACCGGGCCACCGUCAUCACCAAAGAGAUCCGCCGGCAGACGGUUUGCCGGAACAUCAGCACCACGACCGCGGACUACGCCGUCGAGUUGCCCGCCCGCAACGAGUGCACCCUGUGGCAGAACCUGCCCGCCGUGCGGGACAGCGGCGUCCUGGAGCGGCUCGGCCCGGAACAGUGCAAGUAUCAGGAGAGUAUGUUCGAGGUCCUGACGUCGGAGGCGUCCUACCUUCGCUCGCUGCACGUUCUCACCGAACACUUCCUGGAGAAUCGGGAGCUGGAAGGGACGCUGGUCAUCAGGGACAAGAAGCCGCUCUUUUCCAACAUCCUGAGGAUCCGCGAGGUCAGCGAGAGGUUCCUGAAGGACCUGGAGGACCGCGUGUUCGAGACCAUCGUCUUCUCGGACAUCUGCGACAUCAUCCACUACCACUCGCAGCACAACUUCCCGGCCUACAUCGACUACGUCCGCAACCAGAUCUACCAGGAGAAGACCUUCACCUCGCUCAUGAAAAACAACGCCUAUUUUGCCGCCGUCAUCAACCGCCUCCAGGAGUCGCCUCAGUGCCAGCGGCUGCCGUUCAUGUCCUUCCUGCUGCUGCCGUUCCAGCGGAUCACGCGCAUCAAAAUGCUCAUUGAGAACAUCCUGAAGCGGACCAAGGAGGGCACCAAAGAGGAGCGGAUGGCCUCCAAGGCUUUGGCUUCCGUCUCCAAGAUCAUCGACGAGUGCAACACGGAGGUGGGCAAGAUGAGACAGAUGGAGGAGUUGAUCCUCAUCUCCAAAACGCUGGAGUUUGACAAGCUCAAGGCCAUCCCCAUCAUUUCCCAGACGCGAUUCCUGGAGAAGAAGGGCGAACUCCAGGAAAUGUCCAGAGGAGGAACCGUCUUCCAAAUGAGAGUCAAGUUCAACCCCAUCUACGUUUUUCUCUUCAAUGACCUUCUCAUCGUGACCACGAGCACCGUCAAGAAAGGCUCCGAGCGCUUCGUGGUGCUGGACUACGCCCACCGCUCCCUGGUGCAGGUCCAGGCCCUGGAGGAGGACAGGAGCAGCGGGCCGUACGAGAACUGCUUCACUCUCAUUCUGCUGGAGAACCACAACGGGCGCAUGAUCGAGCGCCUCAUCAAAGCGCCCUCCCAGCCGGACAUGCACAGGUGGAUGGCGGCCUUCCCCAACAAAGAGGAGGACGACGUGGUCUACGACGCCUGGGACUGUCCUCAGGUGCAGUGCGUGGAGCAGUACGCGGCCCAACAGGCCGACGAGCUCAACCUGGAGCCCACCGAGAUUGUCAACGUCAUACGCAAAACAAACGAGGGUUGGUACGAGGGCAUCCGCCUGUCCGACGGCCAGAAGGGCUGGUUCCCCGUCAGCAACAUCAUCGAAAUCACCAACGAGCACGUGAGGAGGCGCAACCUGAAGGAGCGCUAUCGCGUCAUCCAGGCCGCCAGCCAGGUCACCACCGUCAAGAAACUUUAGCUUGGACCUUCACGGCAACAUUACGGCCGUUCACUUUCAUCACGCAGGAAACCGGUGAUGAACUGGCCAACUAUUUAUACAAACUUGUGUUUUGAAGCCGCAACGGAAAGUACACGGAACCCGAUCCGAUGCUGUCAACGUGUCAAACAACAAUAACAAACUGGACCUCAGUCCAAAGAAAACAGACGUUUUGGUGUACUUGGAAACGUUUUCAAGCUGCUGUCCCCCGGCAUCAGGGAUGUUCCUCGAUCGGGGGUGGCGGCGGAAUGGGCAGCAGGUACUCCUCAUAAUGCUCCACGUCAUCCAGUCGCCUGAAUUCCAGCCAUCCCGCGCCACUCGCGCCGUCGGGCGGAUCCAAGCCUGCCCAGCUUACCUGCCGUUUUUGCCAAUUGUUCAAGUUGACAACUUCCCAUGAUAUUUUGCAAGCCUACCUGAGGGUCUUCUGGGUCUCGGUAACGCAGUUUGAGGAGACACGUGACGGCCAGGUCCUCCUCGGCGCUCAGCUGGACAACCGUCCGUCCCGGGUGACCGUCGCAGCACGGCAUCCACGUGGGGCCGCCCAAGACCCUGAAGGCGUGCGGCCCGCGCGGGAAGGGGUCGGCUCGAUUGGGAGGAGCCGGGCUCGUGCACAUGAGUGGCGGGGGAGUGUUGAGCCGGAGGCCGCUCCAUGCCGGCUGGAGAGAAAUGGGGAGUGACGAGAGAAGAACGCCACAGCGGCAACAGUUUUGUGCUUAUUGGAUUCCCAAAAAUUCACAGAUGGGAUGGGCCCGUGAAAAAUAUUGAACAGAUUCUCGACAUAUUGUUACAUUUGCUGGAGCCACCCCCCAAAAAACACACUGACUCCAGUGAAACAAUUUAAGAAUAUACCGGAUGUCAAACUGUUUUCAGAUUUUUACCGACGCUAAAUAAGGGAAAGAUUUUUACUGUGUAUGUAAAAUGUCCGAUUUCAGCUUCUUUACACUUGAUACAUUAUUUCAUAAAUUAUCACCCGCCACCCGUGUGAGGAUAAAAAUGUGCAUAUUUUAAAAAAAUAGUUUUAACCCUUGAUAUAGCUACAAUAAAAGUCAUUAUUUCCUCAAAUAUUUUUGAAACGGAUGUAAAAUUAUGAAUUCUUGACACAAAUCAAUCAUUCAAUACAAUAGUUUGGUGAAAUAGUACAUAUUUUUAUUAGGUUUAUCAAAAAUAUGCAGAACCCAUUGUUUUAUUUUUUGCAUUUAAAAUAAAUGGAUUGUUUGAUACAUUAAAUAUAAAUGUAAUUUAUUCUAUUUUGUUCAUGACAUGAACUAUUUGAACCUCUUUGUGAGUGUAAAAUGGUUUCAUUGAAUAUUUUUUUACACCAAAUAAAUGAAACCUGGCCUAUACUGCCAGUAACAAUGGCUUGUUUUAGUCAUUUUUGAUUUCCACUAAGUUAACCACAAAUCCAUUCAAAUUUGAUGUGAAACUGUUUACUUCUUAGUAAAUCGGUGAAUAAAUCUAAAAA